GGAAGCGGCGCCCACGCCCGCCUCGGGACUCUACAUGGAGCGCUCACAGAGCCGAAUCAGUCUGUCAGCCUCAUUUGAGGCUCUUGCAAUCUAUUUCCCCUGCAUGAACUCCUUUGACGAGGAUGAUGGCGUUGAUACGGAGGGACGGAAGUUGAAGGGCAUCCAGAGGAGCACAGAGACAGGAUUAGCUGUGGAGAUGCCCAGUCGCACAGUUCGCCAGGCUAGCCAUGAAUCCAUAGAAGACAGUAUGAACAGCUAUGGUUCAGAGGGAAAUCUAAAUUAUAGUGGUGUUUGUUUGGCUUCGGAUGCUCAGUUCAGUGAUUUUUUGGAUGGCAUGGGCCCAGCACAGUUUGUGGGUAGACAGACAUUGGCCACAACCUCAAUGGGUGAUGUGGAGAUUGGGCUGAUGGAAAGGAAUAGGCAGUUGGAGGUUGAGAUCAUUAAGGCUAGAGGACUCAUCAUGAAACCUGGCUCCAGGGGGCCUCCAGCGGCAUACAUAAAAGUGUACCUUCUGGAGAAUGGUGUAUGCAUAGCCAAAAAGAAGACGAAGUCUGUUCGGAAGUCACUGGAUCCUCUUUACAACCAGGUCCUUGUAUUCUCUGAGAGACCACAGGGAAAGGUUGUGCAGAUCAUUGUUUGGGGAAACUACGGCCGAAUGGAUCGUAAGUGCUUCAUGGGCGUGGCCCGUAUUUUGUUGGAGGAAUUGGAUUUGACAAGCAUGGUGAUUGGCUGGUACAAGCUUUUCCCCACCUCCUCUAUGGUAGACCCCACUAUGGCACCGCUCAUUCGCCACUCAUCACAGCUCUCACUGGAGAGCACAGUUGGACCAUGCUGUGAACGCUCAUAAAACAAAGAAUAAAGCUUUUGUUUUUGCUUUUGCUUUUUCUGUAAGGGCUCUCAAGGCCCUUGACCUUAGAGUACUGCUUGUGCAUGACUGUAGCAGCCAUCUGAGGCCUACAGAAUACUUCAGAAUCCUCUAGAACCACCCAGAAAUUUCAGAAAGUAAUCAAGUAAGAAGUAAGAAGUAUUCUU